CGGCAAUUCGGCAAACACACGUGUGGUAGAACCCUACGUGUAUGGGGAAAGAGUAGUCUUACAUAUAUAUUUGUUAGAUACAGCUGCUAACACGAAAAAUAACUAUAAUAAUUUGUCAGUCCAGUAAUUAAAUAGACGAUAUAUUUGCUUCAACUGGCCGGUGAUACUUCACGGUGGCAGUUCGUUGAAUCCCUCAACAAAUGGUUGUACAGCCAGACAGCUAGCAAGCUAACAACUUAACAGUAGGAUAAUGGAUGGCGACGUGGGCUGCAAGGAUCCCCCUUUCGACAAUGAUGUCGCAUCCAUUUUAAGUCUUGAAGUUACAGAAAACAAUGCAUCUGUCACAAAGGAUAGUGCUACCUGUACCGAAAAUGACACCAACCUGGGAACAAGUUCCAAGACAGAGCAUGCAGCAUUGAAAAAUCAGGACACUGUUGGAGCAGUGAAGUCAAAUAAUCACGACUCCAACAGCGAUGUUGAUCUAAUUCGUAUCACUACAAUCAAUCGGGAGCCUGUUACUGGUGCCCAGUCAGUUGAAAUGGAUAUUGUGUCAAACAUCACAACCACCCCAUCCUCUGUUCAAGAAACUGUUGCCUCAGAGGGAAAUGUCGCCAUCAACGCUCUCAACGAAAUUCAAACAGAGAUCAAAUCGGAGGAGGAAGACUGUCCGAUUGUGAUAAUCGAGGACAUGGAGGUUGCUGCAACGACACCGGCUUCAACUGACAACCCGACGGUGGUGGUGCAGUCUGCGAUUACCUCACCCAGCAGCGUGGGGUUGGUCCAGAAAUGUGGUGCGCUGACUAACAUCACUCAGUACCGAGGUGACAGCUCCGACGACCUCUCCUCAGACAGUGAUUCAGACUCUGACUCUUCGACAUCCUCCUCCUCGUCCUCCUCUUCCUCCUCGUCUGAGCCCCUGCAAAUCGUCUUGGAGGAGGACGACCCGGACGAAGGUCUUGGCAAAGGAAAAUCACAAGUACCCAAGACGCAAGACGAAGUCCUCCUUGACGAGUUGCCUGCAGUUGAGGAUCUCCACAUAAGCCUUCCAGAGGAGACGGAGCUCAGGCCGAUGGGGCUCAUCUCCAGCGUAGUGGACAAGCUCGUGAUUGUAGAGUCCUUCAAGGACGCUCCACCCCUGAACGAUGACAGUGUGGUCUUCAACGCCGACCGAGAGGCAGUUGGUAAGGUGUUUGAAGUGUUUGGACCAGUGGUGCAGCCAUUCUAUGCGCUGAGGUUUAACUCGGACAAGGACAUUGCCAACAAGAAGCUGAAGCCAAAGGACACGGUCUACUUUGCCCCUGGCGUUAAGGACCUAACGGAUUACAUCUUCACAGACAAACUGAGGAUGUACAAGGGAUCAGAUGCGUCCUGGAAGAAUGACCAGGAGCCCCCACCAGAGGCUUUGGACUACAGUGAUGAUGAGAAGGAGGCCCAGGCCAAGAGAGAGAGAAAGGUGCAGAGGCAAGAAAACGCAAACGCAGAGACUGAUGGCGAUAAGGAGAAACAGAAGCCAGGCAACAAGAGGCCCCCAAGACGAGAGCCGCGCCAGCCGUGGAGUGGCCCCAGAUCCAAAGGGCCCCCAAACCCCCGAUCUGCCGGCCCCCCCCACCACGGCCCCCGACCGGGCUACCCACACUACCUCCAGAAUCCCCACUUCCGCCCCCCACCCCCUUCUCCACUCAUGGACAACCAUCACGUUCACCCUGCGUUCCGCCAGCCCCCUCCAUUCCAGGCCCCCCCACCCUACUUCCCCAUGUACCCUGCAGGGCCCCCUCCGCCACACAUGCCCUGGCCUCCCCACGCCUUCCCUGGGAUGUUCAUGCCUCCACCUCCCCCUCCUCCUCCACCACCACCACACCAUUCCAACGAGCACUGGCCAAAUUGAAGCAUAGUAGAGAAGAGUAACUUUAUUGAUCCCCGAGGAGAAAUUCAGGUGUCAUGUACCUUACAUAAAUACACAUAAUGCCCACAUGGACAUAUAAAGACACUGGUAUAUACACAUAUAUACAAGACACAGGUACAUUUAUAUAACACAGGUAAUAGUCAGGGAGGGGAAUUAUAUGUUUAAGCCAUUAAGGCCUAAAAGGUCUGACUGUCAAUGUCAAUAAUUACGUAAAAAAUGCUGUUAAAGGUAAAUACGCAGAUACAGCACCCAGUCUUUGGAAGGUAAAUAC